AGGGCUGUCAGUGCACUGUGUGUUCCCCAGGACAGAGAACCCUCAUGGUUUGGAGGCUGUGCUUGGGACGUUUCCUUCCAGGAUCUCUGUGUUCCAGUGGAAUCAGCUCAGGGGCAUGUCACUCCACACAACAAACACUGCCAGCCCUUGGCAGUGUCACUCAUUCUUAGGGAGUGGCUCUCCCUGGGAUGGUUGCAGACGAGCUGGAGUUGUUGCUUUCUGUGGGAGAAGCAGAGAUCCAGGAGAGUGCUGUGCUUUCACCCCUGGGUGAUUUGAGCCCUCAGCUCUGGGCACAGAGGGGUCUGGGGUGAGCAGGGAGCCAGGCAGGGAACUGAGGCAUUGCUGUUCCCUCCCUGAGCACGAAUGUGUUUGCAGCAGGCCAGGAGGGUGUUUCUUUGCUUCAGGCAGCUGUUUUAGCACAGCGUGUGUUACCUGGUUUGCAUUUAAAGUGGGGCUGAAGCCAGGAGCUCUCCUCACCCCUCCCAAGAGGUGUGAAUCACGGAAUGAAAUGAAAAACAAAGCGGUUGGUGAUGUUUGGCAGCACUGCUGGACGGGGGAAUAUUCACUGAGCAGCAGGAGGGAAAUGAGUGGUCAGUCUGCUGCUCUGGGUGGGCACAGGUGUGGGGCAGGUGUCACUCCAGUGCAUCCAGCUGCCCAGCACUUCCUGGAAUCACAGGAAUGUCCUUCCCUUCAGCCACCAUCCUGCAGGCUCAGCCUCAAGCUCUGCCACCCUCUCCUGACUCACAUCUGACUGAUGCUGGGUUGGGACUUCCCCUGGCCAGGUAAAACCUGUGGGCUCAGCUUGUGGUGAAACCCUGGCACAUCCAACACAAACAGGUACCUGGUCUGCUCCUUCUUCUGUCCUUCUGCUGACAGUCUCCUUAUAAUUGCUCUGUAGGGUUUCUUCAACAUUUCUGUGGGAUUUUGCUGGCCGAGUGGUUUCAUGGAGGGAACCUCGGCCCACAAUUUCUUUGGCUGUGACUGCACAGAGAGAAAAACAAGUGGUGCGCCAGCCAGUGAAAUAAAAAAACCCAACUGAAAGUUGCUUUGCAAGUUAUUCCAGUGUUCUGGUACUGGUUUUAUUUUUUCCUGACAUUGUUUAAUUUCUCAAAAGGUAUGCAAAGAAUUAAGAUAGAAAAUUCAGGUCAAGUUUGAAAUACCAUUUAUCUCUGAUGAUACAGAUAAAUGUGUGCUCUGUUGGAGGGACUGUUGCCAGAUGUAGAGAAAGGAAAACAGGUAAAUAUCCAGCUGUGGCUGAAGUUCCUUGUUCUCAGUUCCUCAUCUAAGUGAAUUAAUAUGGGAUUUUUUUUCUAUCAUACUAAUUGAGGGCAUUCUCAUUUAAUAAGCUGCAUCCAGUAAUCCACAAGCAUCUUACUCUUCCAUCCCUUUGCUUUUUUUUAAUGGCUUAAACAAAGGCAAAAUCUUUCAGACAGAAGGUCGUACGCUGAGCUGACUGAUAAUCAACACACCAGGAGAGUCUGAUGUAAGUUCUGAGUGAUUUAGGGUUUGCUUUAGGUUUAGUAAGUCAAUUGGCAGCUUAGCUGGGGUAACAAAUCUAAGAAUCCUUUUAAAAUAUAACUGGGAGUUUUACAGGUUGUCCUCAAGACAGCACUGAACUUUUUCUCUAGACAGCACGCAUCUAAGUACUAGUAAAAUACUUUUGGGGUCGUCAUUUCUAUUGCUGUUCAGUGUUUUCCUGGGUUGUGAAUGUUUAUAUUCAGGUACUUCUGGAGGAAUGUGCCACUUUCCACUCUUGGUUUUUCCUUCAUGUUUCUAAAACUCUUCACUGUUUCCAUUAAUCUAUUAAUUCACACCAUGAGGUAUUUGGGGAGGCCUUGGAGCCCCUUCCAGUACAUAAAACACCCCCAAGAAAGCUGGAGAAGGACCUUGGACAAGGGCCUGGAGUGACAGGGCAAAGGGGAAUGGGUUUUAAGUGGUAAAGGGUGGGUUUAAACGGGAUAUUGGGAAGAAAUUAUUUAGUCAAAGCAGGGUGAAGCCUCGACACAGGUUUUGCAGGGAAGCUGUGGCUGCCCCUUCCCUGAAGUGUCCAAGGCCAGGCUGGAUGGUUGGAGCAGCCUGGGCUAGGGGCAGGAACGAGAUGGUCUCGAAGCUGCUCUCCAGCGCCAGCCAUGCCGGGAUGUAACCCAAGUGCCGAUGGCCACAGGACCCGUGCGGGGUCUGCCAUCGCCGCUCCUGGGAGCCUUCCCGGCGCAGGGGCCGCCCCCGCCCGCCCUGCGGCUCCCUCGGCGGCUCCCGGCCCCGCCCCGGAGGCGGCACCGCCGGCACAGGCAGCACCUCCAAGGGCAGCAUCGGCAAAGGCAGCGCCGCAUCCCCGCUGCCCGCACACGCCAGGAUUUGCCCGGGGAAGGGAAAAAGCAUGACCAAGAUGAGCUGCAUCCUGCUGACUGCCUGCGUUGUUCUGAUUGCUUUUUGUGGCUCUGUAGUUUAUUAGUCAGUGAAGAUAAACCCUUGUUGUCUUAGGUUACACCUUAAGAUGUUACCACUGUGACAACAGCCCUACCCUGUGCAGGACCAACAGCACCUGCCUAACGACUGAGGACACUUGCCUGCAGUUGAAA